AUGCAGAGGUUCAGAUCACAUGACAUUAAGAUGCCCUGGGAGAAGGGACCAUUGGCUCCAGUUUUUGGAGCCCCACUACCCUCGAUGACGGGAGCCAAGACCUUAAUGCCACCUGCGGUUGGAUUGGUUGACACAUUGGCUCCAGUUGCUUUGACAAAACAGGAAACGCCAUUGCCAAUGGGACCAGUGUCAAAGUUUGCUGUAAAGCGCAUAGCAUCAGCAAGAUGCGUGGUACCAGAAGAUGAGAUGCUUGCCAGGUUGGAAAACAUUUGGACCGACCGCUGUGGAGACUUGGUCCUGGUGGAGGCAGAGACAUCCAAACACAAGACAUCAAGGAGCAAAGAGGCAAAGACAAGGCUGUUACCCUUCACGGCGUUAGGGCGAUUUGCCUGUGAUGAAGUUUGGGGGGAAUGUUUCGUGCAAGCCCUGAAUGAGAUCAAGAAGAACACGGGGCUGACGUUCCUGCCCUCAUGGAAUGACAGGAGCGGGACGUGGGCGGUCUCCCCAAUGACAACUGCAGAAGCGUCCUUGUUUUUGAAGGAGUUUUUGGAGACUGUGCUUGGUGAAGAGGAAGCUGCAAAGUACAGCUCCCAUUCCUGUAAGCCUACGGUGCUUACGUGGUGUGGAAUGACCGAAAUCCUCACCCGGGAGGAGCGCACGAUGCUUGGACACCACAUCGAGCCAUCGACCAAAUCUGCGACGACAUACAACAGGGACUCCCAACUGCUGCUGCAGGCAAAGGUCGCCAAGGUUUUGGACAAAGUUCUGCAAGGUCAUUUGGACCCUGAUGCAAGCAGAGCAACAAGGCUGAACCAACUUUUGCAAGGAGGAGAACCGGAGCAAGAUGAAGAGUCAGCUGAAUCAGACUUCGAAGACACUGAGGUGGUGUCAAUACAUUCAAAGUGUCACUUGCUGGAAAAGCCAAGUGUUCCGCUUGGUGAUGCCGAUGAAUACAAUUUCGUUGCGCACAAGCUCACAGGGACAAUCCACAUAGUCCAGGAUGAGGACGCCGGGAAGCUAGCUUGUGGGAGGCGCAAGACCAUCAAUAUGAACCAAGUGGACCCCGACUCAAUUGACCGUGCCACGGCUCCUUUCUGCAUACAGUGCAAUGCAGUAGUCAAGCCACAACAUGCAUAG